AGUUGUGUCACAUGAUGGACAAGUGUUAUCUUGCUCUGCAGGGACAGGAGGGCUGCAAGAGGAGCCUCUCUGGGCUCGAGAGCCGCAGAGCUGAGCACGGAGGUGGCUGUUCCACUGCCUCUGGAUCCUGGGGAAGGAGUGGAGAGGGACAGAGCUGAAGGGCAGAUCCCCCCAGGAGAGUGAUCGAUGAGAUGGCAGAGAAUGGAACAGACUGUGACCAGAGACGCACGGCCAUGAGCAAAGAGCAGCACAACGGCAACUUCACAGAUUCCUCUGUGCUGAGCGAACGGAAGCGCAGGGAGCGGGAGGAGAGGCUGAACAUUGUGCUGUGGAAACAACCGCUUGUUACCUUGCAGUAUUUUUGCCUGGAAACUCUAAUAAACUUGAAGGAAUGGACCAUAAAAUUGUGGCACCGGCGGAGCAUCCUGGUGUGUGUUCUCCUGGCACUGGCCACGCUCACAGCCACCUAUUACAUCGAGGGAGCUCAUCAGCAGUAUGUGAGGUAUAUGGAGAAGAAGUUCUUCUGGUGUGCCUACUGGGUAGGACUGGGCAUUCUGUCCUCUGUUGGCCUUGGAACAGGUCUCCACACCUUUCUGCUCUAUUUGGGUCCACACAUAGCAUCAGUCACUCUGGCUGCUUAUGAGUGUAACUCAGUGAACUUCCCCGAGCCUCCUUACCCCGAUCAAAUCAUCUGCCCCGACGAGGGAAGCGCCCAAGGAUCCAUCUCCCUGUGGGCCAUCAUCUCCAAAGUCAGGCUGGAGGCCUGCAUGUGGGGUGCUGGCACAGCCAUUGGAGAGCUGCCCCCCUACUUCAUGGCCAGGGCAGCCCGGCUCUCCGGUGCCGAACCCGAUGAUGAAGAGUACCAGGAAUUCGAGGAGAUGCUGGAACAUGCAGAGACUGCACAAGACUUCGCUUCCCGGGCCAAGCUGGCCGUGCAGAACCUGGUGCAGAAGGUUGGAUUCUUUGGGAUCCUGGCCUGUGCUUCGAUCCCGAACCCCCUGUUCGACCUGGCCGGGAUAACGUGCGGCCACUUCCUCGUUCCCUUCUGGACCUUCUUCGGGGCCACCCUGAUUGGCAAAGCCGUCAUCAAAAUGCACAUCCAGAAACUCUUCGUGAUCAUCACCUUCAGCAAACACAUCGUGGAGCAGAUGGUGGCCCUCAUUGGUGCUAUUCCAAGUAUAGGUCCUUCUCUUCAGAAGCCAUUUCAAGAAUAUCUGGAAGCUCAGAGGAUAAAACUUCACCACAAGUCGGACGGGGCAGUUCCACAGGGGGAAAACUGGCUGUCCUGGAUGUUUGAGAAACUGGUGAUUGUCAUGGUUUGUUAUUUUAUCUUGUCUAUUAUCAACUCCAUGGCCCAGAGCUACGCCAAGAGGCUGCAGCAGAAGAUGUACUCGGAGGAGAAAACCAAAUGAGCCGAACAAAACCCCUCCGAGGGUCCUGGCAGACCCAGAAAUGACACAGCUUUUCAUAUGGUUCAAAAUCAGCAUUACUCAAAACGGGGGAAAACUUUUUCACAUCAGUUUUCAACUAGAACAAAGUUUUUAUUUGAUUUUUUCUUUUUUUUUUUUUUUUUGAAAGUAAUUUGGAUAUUAGAGCAAAGGUUCCAUUGACGAGCUUGUAAAUGUUAAGGUAAGGUGUAAAUGCUUCACGAGUCUGGGGGGUGUUGUCCAGGAUGGACAAGGGGGUGUUCAGUGGGGUUUAACACAAAUGUUGUCCGUCCAAAUUACUUCCAAAAUGGGUGAUUUAAUGCUCUCCAUCUCCUGGGUUAACUCACACCGACCUGAGGGUGACUCCUCCUUUCGAAGGGUGGCUGUUUUGCUUUUCCCAUGACUUUCCAGCCCAUCCCAGUGUAAAUACAGACUGGAUACAAACUGUUGCAUGUCCCUGCUGGUUAAGGCUGUGCCGGCUGAAUUCCCAGUGUCCCAUCCAGUGCACGUUGGAAAAGCCCCCCUGUCCCAGUGAUGUUAUCAGAGGUGAUUGCUGUCGAACGCCCACGCCGACAUUUUUUAUUCUGUAUAUUUAGAAUGAAGUUAAGAUCAAACUUUAUAUAAAGUCAUCUUUGAUCAUUCCA